AUCAACUAAUAGUCGUCUCUGUUCAUAUGGUCAAUGAAGAUGCUAUCAUAUACAUAAUAAUAGUCCCAAGUAUAUGCUAUCACAUAUCUGAAACACAGAACAAUUUCUGCAGCACUAACUUGGUCAUCGAUCAGAAGGGGGGUUAGAAAUGGAAGAGACCGGCAACAAGGUAAUCGACAUCCCGGAAGUGGUACUGAGCUCCGGGAAGAAGAUGCCAGUGCUAGGCUUUGGCACCGGAGUUUUCGGGAGUCCUCCACCGGCUCAAACUCUGGCUCUUAUUCUCCUCGACGCCAUUGAGCUUGGCUACCGUCACUUUGACACUGCUGCUCUCUAUGGAACCGAGGAAGCCGUAGGUCUCGCCAUCAGGCAAGCCCUAGAGCGAGGUCUCAUCAAGACACGCGAUGAGUUGUUCGUCACUUCCAAGCUCUGGUGCGAUGAAGCCCAUCAUGAUCUUGUUCUCCCAGCUCUUAAAUCGACACUACAGAGGCUGGGAUUGGAGUAUGUGGAUCUCUACCUGAUUCAUUGGCCGGUAAGGAUGAAACCAGGAACUAAGGGAGUACAAUUUUCGAAAGAUGACUUGCUUCCCUUUGAUAUAAUGGGGACAUGGGAGGCCAUGGAAGAAUGCUCCCGGCUAGGAUUGGCCAAGUCUAUAGGCGUCAGCAACUUUGGUUCCAAAAAGCUCUCUCAAAUCCUUGACGAGUGCACCAUCCCACCGGCGGUUAAUCAGGUAGAAAUGAACCCAUCCUGGCAGCAAGAGAAACUGCGAGACUUCUGUAAAGGAAAAGGAGUUCAUGUGACUGCAUGGUCUCCCCUGGGGUUCUAUGGAGCUACCCUCUGGGCUCCAGAACCCUCUAUAGACUAUGCCAUCAUUAAGGACAUUGCUGCUGCAAGAGGGAAGAGUGUAGCACAGGUUAUACUGAGAUCCGUCAUUCAACAAGGAGCGGUGAGUGCAAUUUCGAGGAGUUUCAACAAGGAGAGGAUCAAGUCUAAUGCUCAGAUAUUUGAUUGGGAGCUAAGUGAGGAUGACAUGAAUAAGAUCAAGGAAAUUCCCCAGCGCAGGUUGAUUGCAGGUGACUUCUGUGUUUCCGAAAACAGUCAAUACAAAUCCCUCGACGACCUUUGGGAUGGCAAUCCCUAACCCUAUCUUCCAUGUUUGCAUUUGUAACUAAAUGUUCAGUUGAUGAGGAUGUUAUCUUUAUGGAUGAGGCAAUGGCAGUUGCGUCCUCUAAAACUAUUCAAAAAGCAAUACGUGUUUAUUUCCAGAA